UGGAUGACUUCGAAAAUAACACCACUGUCUUGUCUGCCCUGAGAUCCCUCAACAACUUCAUUUCACUGGAGGGGGUGUCUGGGCCGGCGACGCCAGGCUCGUCUCGAAGCGCCUUGCAGAUUCAGUACCAGCAGAGGGUGCAGAUGGAAGAACAAGCUGGGCAGAUCCACUCCAAAUCCCAGCUCCUGCAGGUGGAACGAGAGAAGAUGCAGAUGGAACUUAGCCACAAACGCGCUCGCAUUGAACUGGAGAAGGCAGCUAAUACCAACGCCAGGAACUAUGAGCGAGAAGCUGACCGUAACCGGGAGCUGCUGACACGCAUAAAGCAAUAUCAGGAAAGGGAAACAGAAGCUGAAAAUAAACUGAAAGAACAAAUGGAGAUGAACAAAUGCUAUAAGAAGAGCAUGGAGACAAUGAGUAAGAAGCUGCAAGAGAAGGAGAGCAAAUUAGCUGAAGCCAAUGAAAAUGAAUGCUUGGAUAAUUCACUGAUUUCAGCUCUUUGGGAUGAGCAGAACAUCUUUCCAACCCUCAGCCUUUUCAGAUACCACUCCAGUUAAGUUCAACUAGUUCAUUUGUAACUUUUCUCUUUAAUUGCAUCAGCUGUGCACCGCUAGAGUCCUUAAGCUGCCUCACUAUCACUAGAAAUAUUUGUAUGAUAAAGCAGGUAAACAUGUAACAUGCCAUUUAUUGGUGCUUAAAAACAGGGAGACAGUGAUGGCAUGUGAGAGAAACUAAACUCAUAUAUGAAAUGUGUGCAGCAUUUCUGUUCCUGUGUUCUUUUUAUUAUAUACAUCAGUAUCAAGAGGAGAACCCUGCAUGUUUCUCUGUCUGGAAAACACCUUACAUGUGGAAUGUUUUGAGAUUUUUCUCUGUUAAAGGGAGAUGAAUAAUGGCUAUUUGAAACAAACCUGUGAGGUUCCCUUUAGAGUAAAUAUACUUAGAACAACAUUUGUAAAUCCACUGACCUCCACUUUUAAAGAAAGCAUAAUACAGUUGGUAUUUCGUUGAAGCAAACCCAGAUACUUCAAAUCUUGAAACCCAGCCAAAAUGUAUUUGGAAUGGUUGUGAGAUAAUGUUUUUACUUUAAUAUAUAUAGUUGUGUUUUAUCAUCAUCUAGCUUUGAAGCUUGAUAGUUUUCAUGCCAGUUUGAGGUCACCCACUUAAUAGGUAAUGGAAAUGACAAUUUGGGUGACAGAUGAAAGCAACUAAAUGACUUUCUCUUGCCUUUGUUUUUGAGGUGAGUUUGCAGGUCUGAAGGUUUGCAAGAGUGGGAUUAUUUCUAGAUUCACUGCUCAUACUUUUAAUUUGGAUAUGAUUUCUGUCUAUCACUAUCCAUAAUGUUUGGCUUGGAGAGUCAUAGCCUUCUGUGUUUAUUCUUUCUUUCCAUUAAUUCAGACAAUCACUGUAUUAAAAGGGAAAAUAUCAGAGCUGCAAUGGAGUAAAAUGAAUCAAGAGAUGCAGAUGACAAGCCAAGACUCUCAGAAGCAGGAACUGAUGGAACAGCUGGAUGUUCAACAUAAAAAAUGGCAAGAAGCUUGUCAGCAAAUCCAGAUGUUGCAAGCAAACCAAUCCCACCUAGCAGAAUAUGAACAGAAGAUUAAGGAUCUGGAACAGAAACUCUCCCAGCAGGAACAUGAUGCUCUAAUUGUCAAGAACAUGAAGACAGAACUGGCUCGUCUCCCAAAAAUGGAGCGGGAAUUGCGCCAACUCAAGGAGGAAAAUGCCUACUUCAGGGAAAUGAAAGAAAACAAUGGAUUGCUCAAAGAGGAGGUAGAAGGUCUCCAAAGAAAACUGGAACGCUACGAGAAGGUCCAAGCACAGCUCGUGGCUGUUGAAUUGGAAAAUGAGAAACUUCUGGGAAAAUUGAAAAGCUGGGAGAAAGUGGACCAGAGCACUGGCUUGAACAUCAGGACACCUGAUGAUCUCUCAAGGCAAAUUGUGGCCCUGCAGCAAAGGGAGCUGGUGCUGAAAGAGCAGAACUCUACCAUCACAAGCAGUGCCCGAAUACUAGAGAAGGCCCGGGUGCAGCUACAGGAGGAAAUAAUACGGAUUCAGAGCCAGCUCUUGGAGGAGAAGAAGAAACGUGAGCAGCACGAAGCGCUGGUCAGGCGGCUGCAGAAGCGUGUACUGCUGCUCACCAAGGAGCGUGAUGGGAUGCGAGCAAUUCUGGAGUCGUAUGACAGUGAGCUGACCCCUUCCGAGCACUCGCCCCAGCUGAACCGGCGCAUGCGUGAGGCCGAGGAGAUGAUGCAGAAGCUGCAUGCUCAUAACACUGAGCUGGAGGCUCAGCUGUCUCAAGUUCUGGAAGAAGCGGGGAAUCACAAGCAACGAGCAGAGAUGCUGGAGGUGGAGAUGAAGGUCCUGAAGUCUCAAGAGUGCACAGCAGAGCAAAGUACCGUCAUUACCAGGGAGGAGAUUGACACACUCAGGCAGAAAAUUGAGGAGCUGGAAGCUGAACGCAGCAAGCUGGAAGAGCAGAACAGAUCUCUGGAAAUGAAACUGGAGAAGCUAACUGUGCAGGGUGACUAUGACCCCAGCAAAACCAAAGUUCUUCAUUUCAGCAUGAACCCAGCAAGCUUGGCCAUGCAGCAGCGCAAGGAGGAGCACCAGCAGCUCCAGGAGGCGUACGAAAGGCUGAGGGAGAUGGUGAGGGUGCUCGAAGGAGGUGGUUCCAUCCCUGAGAAUCUGGAAGGACUUGGGAGUUUACAGUCAUCACAAGAAAUUGCAGAGCUGAAGAAGCAAGUGGAAAGUGCAGAACUGAAGAACCAGCGUCUGAAAGAAGUUUUCCAGACCAAGAUCCAGGAGUUCCGCAAGGUGUGCUACACGCUAACGGGGUACCAGAUCGACAUCACAACUGAGAACCAGUAUCGGCUCACCUCCAUUUACGCUGAGCACCAAGGGGACUGCCUGCUUUUCAAGGCCUCCAGCUCCUCCGGUCGAAAGAUGCAGCUUCUGGAAAAUGAGUUCUCCCGAACCAUCCGGGAGCUCAUCGAGCUCCACCUGCUUCGCCAGGACAGCAUCCCAGCCUUCCUCAGCGCACUCACCCUCGACCUCUUCAGCCGUCAGACCAUUGCUUAGCAUCCCACUGCCAGUACCAGCCACAUGGAGAGCACUCCUGGGCAGGUCACUUGAGGUAGCAAGGAACAAUUCUCCCCUCCCAUCCUUUAUUUGUGGUAUUGGGUUGUUUCUGUUUUGCAGGGAACUCCUUUUUCCCCCUUUCAUCCUGAAAUCCCACUUUGAUUUCUCUGAAAAGCAUCACUUCCCUCCUGUGGGAGGGCAAGUCUAGCUCCAUCCCAGGGCUCUCCUGUGCCAAGACCCAGUUGCUGCCUUUGAACUGGGAAAUGUGUUCAUCACUGCCUAGCCUGCUUUGGCAUCUCUUUGGGAAUAUGGUGGGAACUGGUGGUUUGAGGAGUCAUGGCAUCACCAUUUGCAGCUUUUCACAAAAGGAUCCCCUAAAUCCCAUAAAUCCCCUAAAUCUGGGCUCUGGCAGAGAGAUGAGCCUUGCAGGAGGCUGGUGCUUCCUGCCGUCAUGGUUGCCCUCUCCUAAUGGGAGCCGAGGGCUUGGUCCUUGAAGCCAGGGACCUGCAGAAGGAUCAUCGUCAUAAGUAGCAGAUUCUAUGUAGAUACCUCCAGCUUUUGCAAGCAGCUCAUCUCUCAACAGGGCUGAAAUCAUUUUCCAAGAUAUCCCGUUGCCUGAGUCUGCCAUCACUCAGCAGACAAGCACAAGCAUAAAUUGCCAUUAGAAGGCCCUGUACCUCUGUUGACACCACUGUGUUGUGUGAUGCGCUCAGAUGUCACUGGUGUGCUUUUUGUUCCACACCAACGCUCUUAGGCUCUUGGUUAUUUCAGGACUUACAGAAGGUGGGAGGGAGCAAUUUGGGUUGUGCUCACUGCUGCUGGGUUUAGCUUGCUGCCUGCCACCAGGCUGUGGGUACCUGUUCACCUUGACAGGGGUCUCCUUCCUCCUUUCCUCCAUGGAGAACAGAGCACCCCCUCAAGUCUGACAUUUUGUGUUAAAAUGGAUAUAGUUCUUCUAUUAGAAGAAUAAAGUGUCACUUCCUGAA